UGCCCGAGCUGCCGCUGGAGAGGACCUGGGGGAGGACGGUGGCCCGCGAGGCUCGAGCAGACAACGCGGCGGCGAUGUCCGCGAGCCAGGCGAGCGCCGCGGCGGUAGCGGCGGGGCCUCGCGCGUGGUUGGGCGGCCUGGGUUGCGGCCUCCCCGCGGGUCCCUGGAAGCGGGCGCGCGGCCGGCGCGGGAGCAGAGGCGGAGGCCCCGGCGCGUCCUUCUGCCCCGCAGCCUGAGCCCGGGCGGCUGGAGGGCUCCGCUGCCCGAGGAUGGGAAUUCUCUUCACCCGGAUCUGGAGGCUGUUCAAUCACCAGGAGCACAAAGUUAUCAUUGUUGGACUGGACAAUGCUGGGAAGACUACUAUCCUUUACCAGUUUUCCAUGAAUGAAGUUGUACAUACGUCUCCUACAAUAGGAAGCAAUGUGGAAGAGAUUGUGGUUAAUAACACUCGUUUCCUGAUGUGGGAUAUUGGCGGCCAAGAGUCCCUUCGUUCUUCCUGGAACACUUACUAUACUAACACAGAGUUUGUAAUAGUUGUUGUGGACAGCACAGACAGAGAAAGAAUUUCUGUAACUAGAGAAGAGCUCUACAAAAUGCUAGCUCAUGAGGACCUAAGAAAAGCUGGCUUGCUGAUUUUUGCUAAUAAACAAGAUGUUAAAGAGUGCAUGACAGUAGCAGAAAUCUCCCAGUUUCUGAAGCUCACGUCUAUAAAAGACCACCAGUGGCAUAUCCAAGCAUGCUGUGCUCUCACUGGCGAGGGGUUAUGCCAAGGACUUGAAUGGAUGAUGUCACGGCUGAAGAUCAGGUGAUCAGGGAUCUCUGACCCCUUCUCACGAACUCUGUAUAAACAAAGUGCUGGACUUCACCUGAAAACUGCAAAGAAUGGUUUAGAUAUAUUUAUAAUAAACUGACAAGAGUUUUCUAUGAGAAGAAAAUUAAGACCACUUAUUUGAAAACAAAGAUGAAAUGUUACCACCCGGUUUGCUCUCUCAUUCCUUCCAAACCUGUGAUUGGUAUUUUCUCAAGAUGAUUCCUCCCAGGACGUAGUAGAGCUCUGGCAAGAACAAAGGGAGAGGAAGACAUUGAACUUUGGAGUUUUAUUUCAGCGUGACUCUUCCACCCUGCCCCAAGUUGAAUGUUCCCUUCUCAUUACAUUGAAUCAAAUACAAAUCAGCACAGAUACUGUUUCCAGUUUUUAAAAAUGUAAUAUUAUGGAAAGUAUUUUGCUUAAAGUUGAAUAUGUAUUGUGUAUAUACCUCAAGUUCAGGUUAAUGGCUUUGAUUUGUGUUCUAAAGGAAAGAAAUAAUGCAGGUUAGUGAUAAGUUGUUAUUCUCCUGGUGUCAUUGAGUACCUACCACCUUUGGUGUUAAGUGUCACUGUUUUAGUUUACCCUCUGUUCACUGCGUUGUCCUAACAAGCCAACCCCAACCCAGAAUUGUUAAGCUGCUCCUUAAAAGUGAAACAGGAGAAAGCUUGACAUUGUAUACUUAUUUUUGUUGCUCAGUAAUACAGAUUGAAAUAUAUACUGCAGAUGGGUAGAGUGUCUGCUAGACUCCUGGCUGGUGUGGCUGAGCACACUCAGGCGGUAAGCAGUUGUCACACUUUCCUUCUCUUUAUCCUUAUGCCAAUUCAGCUACUAAUGGGUCAUUCCGUAAAUUGUGAUUAAAAUGAUCAGGUAAUUUAUAAUUGAAAAUCAUGGUGUGCAAUAUAUCUACCCAAAGAGGUAACAUCCUAUAAAUAGUACUAAUUAAUUUAGCUGCAUCCUUUUAAGGUAUUAAAUUACAUGACAGACAGUUAAAAUGAAUUUAAGAGUAAACAUAAGGCAUAGUUUUCAAUGAACAUUAAUAAUUUCUCAAAUUACAGAUUCAUAUCUGCAAAGGUUGUCUUACAUCUUCCAUUGCAUAAUAUGCCUUGUUUAAUAGUUAAGAAAUCACAUAUUCUGAAUGACUUCAAAAAUUUGAUUGAAAAUUUGACAAAUUACAUUAUUUGUACUAGAAUUUGACCUUAAACACCAUUUAUAUUUGUUAAAAAUAUUUUUAAAUUUAGUUAAAAAUUGAAGUAUUUCUGUCAUAAUUAUAAACAAAAUUAUUCUGCAUAUUAACAUAUUCUUGGUGACUCUAUAAACCAUUUGUGCCCUGAAAACUUGAAGGUUAAUCCAAACUGUCAAGAUUUAGGAUAUUCAAGAAAAGGUUUAACUAGUUUUAGUAUCAGGCUUUAGAAUCUAAAGAUUUUGGUAAGAAAUACAAGUCCACAUUAUAAGCAUUGAGGAAACUUUGAAAAACCUUUUAAGACCCUUAAUGACUCAAGCCAUCGGAUGCGAUGAGAGUUACCAUGGAGGCUUUGUGUUUGAGAUCUGUGCUGUGGUGCCCAGUGUACCUCAGUGUUAGUGUCUGCCUGACUGCUCUGAGAAGCAGCCCUCAGUUACCAGGCUUUCUGUGCUCAGGCCUGUCCGUAGGUUCUCACACCUUUUCAAAUCAUGAUGAGAAUUUUUCUCCUGUAUACUAAAAAUUCUCUUAAAGAUUGAACUCUACUUUGUAGUUUUGUCAACGAGUCUGUGCCGUCCCUGCCUACCCCGUGUCCACAGCAUUUUAGCUCUGAAUUUGAAUAGUCAUCUGCAUAGUUGCUUGGAUCUUCAUUACACCAGUUCAGCACAUAGCAGCACAUUCUGGGCUUGCCAAGGUAUUGGCUAAAAUUUACUCUUAAUUGGAUGUUUAAAGCAUUUACUCCAUUGUUUAAGUUGUCUUCCUAUAGUCUGUUAUUGACAUGACAUAGAAAGCAUGAAACUUUACCACAUUUACAAUAUACGAGGGAUUUUUCUUUUGUUUUUAACCCUUUUAGACUAAGCCUCAAAAAUAGUAUCAUACCUGUGUACUUGUACAUAAAGACAAAAUUAUGACUGAGUAAAAAGAGAUUUAAUAUAUGAACCUCUCAGAACUGUCAUUAACAGUAUUAAUUAGGUCUAAAUCCAGUGGAGCACCCCAUACCAUGCUGACAGUUUACAGGUCAUAGGGCAGAACUCGGUAAGUCCUGUGGUUUCCUUCCGGUGUUAAUAUGUAAACGAACAUCUCACUUAACCUCACUGUGCUCGGCUUUGAAAAGAUCAAAGAUUUAUACCUCUGUACAUGUGGAUAGAUUUAAGUGUCCUGUUUUGAUACUAAUUUUGAAAGUUGUUUAUCUUUUCUUGAUAUCUUGGUAAAACUGGCCACAAGGUAAACCAUUUGAAUAUAUUUGAUUUUGUCAUAACAUUUAUAAAGUGUAUUUUCCCAUGAUAUUGAGAGUUUUAUUUUAAAAACCCCCUUAUGUUUCUAGCACACCUUGGCCAUCACAGUAGACAAAGAAUACAGAGAAGGCAAGUGGGUUAGGCAGAAGGGAGUGAGUGUUCAUUUUCUUGUGACAUUUUCUCUUAAGUGCUUUAGCACUGCUGACCGGCAUCUUUAAUGCAGUGGCAAACCUAAUUCCAUAAGCAUGGCCCGAGCUAGAAGGAGGAAGAGUUUGCUCCCUGGCCUUGAAGAAGUGCCUCAUAGGUAGUCAUGGAAGUCACAGGUAAGUGCGUAGCUUGAAGACAGGCAAGAGGUCUCCAAGGUGUCCUUUCCUUUGUCUGAGUGUAUAGUAUUAAGAUGCCUAGAGGAGAGACGGUGUUGUUCCUCUCUUACAGGCACUUUAUAGUUCUUGCUGUAACUACAGCAAUCACAUACAGUACAGACAACCUCAAAAUCUGUUUAUAUUAGUAGUGUAAAUAGAAAAAUCGUAGACCGCUGUCUAGUUUUCUCCACAGGCAUUUUUAGGAAUGCAUCUAUAGUCUGUUCUACUUUGUUAAUGGGGGAUAACAGCACAUCCCAUCAUAUGUGAACUUUGGGGUCUUCUAAUUGCCCUUGGUGUCCUGACAGUAGCAUUUUCAAGGUGAGGUAGAGGCAGGGUUUCCUUACAUGACAACAGAUUUGAGUGAUUCUGUUCUCCAAACACAAGAUGGAAUUUCUUGUUGACGAGCGACUUCCGUAGUCCAGCUAGCACUUGCUGCCCUGGAUGCCUGCUCGCCACCGAUGAAGGUUGCUCUGAAGGUAUUCUAAACUUUGCCCAUAACCGUGAUUUCCCAGGCCACUAGGCUUUGAGUAACCUCUCUAAUUCUGUCCACCCACCCACCAGUGACUUGACUCACUACUCUGCACCUUUGCAUCUUCAGAGAUGCAGAGUCUAUCCGAAGAACAGGUUCAGAUUAUGGUAUCCAGAGACCAGUAGAAGAUUGGAUAUUAUACAAUACUUAGGAUCUUAAUUCUACUUAACAUUCACUUCUUAUGCCGACAACUAGAUUCAGAAAUUCAAGAAAAAUAUAUAAGACUGUCAGGUCCUCAAAUUAUAAGUUAGGACUAAAGGCUAUUAACUUACAUUCACAUUCUCCUUAUAUAACCAAGAAUGGUGAUACUUUGGAAAAUACCAGUCCAGCCCGGUUAAUAUGGGAAAAGAUCGCAAAACAAAACUGUAUGUAGUGUAGAAGAACUUGAAGACAUCCUAAAAUGAUUUCCCACCCUCCAGUUUUCCUUACAUUUGCUUAAAUAGCAAAAAUCAGCAUUAAAUGUCUAAUGGAAUUUGUAAUUUGAGACCUAGUAUUAUUACAAAAUAAACCUGCUGAAAAAUGGGCUUUAAAAGAGCAAAAUAAGCCAUAUGUAGUGGUGUUAAGACUAAUCCCAGUACUCAGGAAGCUGAGACAGGAGAAUUACUGAAGUACAAGGUCAACAUGGGCUAAAUAAUAUCAGCCACCAGGACUGCAUAUCGAAAGACUGUCACAAAGGAAAGGAAGAAAAAGCCAGCAAUCAACCAUCAUGUGUUUCUGUAGAAUCAGGUGUAAUAGAAAACAUAGAUUCAGAGUGCUUCUUAUAAAACAUCCGUGCCACAUUCCUCAGAGCAGGUGUGACCCUUUAAGACCACGAUAGUGGAGUAAGGGAAAGAAUACUCCGGAUGCUUAAAAAGUGAGUGCUUGUAUUUAACCCUAAAGUGGUUUGAAAUCGGGAAGAAAUGUAACAGGAUACAGUUGGGCUAAUUAUGCAAUAUUCAUCUUUUUAAUUCUCUAACUCUGUACUGUUCCUGAAGAUGGGUGAGUGCGUCUCUGUGGUGUUGCCUGCUCAAUGUGCAUACCCUUGGUAGACAUUUCUCAUAGUGUGUACUUAAAAAGUGCCUGACAUUGAUUUGUGUUGAUUUCUAAGUCCAUGUAAUAAAUGAUACAUGUUUUCUAUGACA